UUGUCUUCUUCUGUUUCUGGAAGUUUAUAAUCACAAGGGUUGUCAGAGAAACGCCGUUCUUCGCCAUCAUCUUUCAUUUCAGCCAGUUUUUCAUCAUUUUUUCUGAUCCUUUCUUGAAAAAAAGAACCAUCAUCCUUUUUGAUCUAGAAAGAUCUGCUCACAAGUGGUGAGAAGCGAAGAUGGUGAAGGGGAAGAUCGCAAUCCGAAGGAUUACUUGCUCGAAGAGCAGGCAAGUGACUUUCUUCAAGAGAAGGACUGGGCUACUGAAGAAGGCAAAGGAGCUCUCGAUUCUUUGCGACGCUGAGAUUGGUGUCAUCAUCUUCUCCUGCACUGGCAAGCUUUACGAGUACGCAAGCACCAGCAUUAAUUCAGUUAUCGAGCGUUAUAACAAAACGAAGCGAGACAACCAGCAACAACAUGUGACUGCCGCGGAGAUCCAGUUUUUGAAAAAGGAGACGGAGAGCACGAUGCAACAGCUGAGGUGUCUGCAGAAAUACAACAGGCAACUGAUGGGAGAAGAGCUUUCGAAACUAAGUUUGGAGGACUUGAAAAACUUGGAAAAUGUGUUAGAGAUGGGUUUGAAGAAUGUCCGCUCGAGGAAGGACCAGACUUUCAUGGAAGAAAUGAGGGAGCUAAAGAGAAAGGCUGAUGACGUUGAACAAGAAAAUGUAGAAUUGCGGAAGAAGUUGAGAGUCUUAAGUCAAGAUCACAGAGAAAUUAAGGGGGAGUUUGCUGCAGAAACUAGUUCGAGUAAAGAAAUGAGCAAGAGUAGCGAUCAAGCAAUGCCGGAUAAAGAUGAUAUACCUGAACGCAUCCAUCUCCAACUAAGCUUGCAACCAAAAGCCCCAUCUUUGGAUGCGCAUGAAACCGAAAUUAAAUAACAAUUGUCAUGGGCGUUGAGGAUUGUCGGAUACACUUCUCAACAAAUAAAUUCCUACGACGGUGUACUAGCUAAUAAAAGUGGAUCCAUGUGGUGUGAAAUUACAUUUUCUCAAACGACGUACCUUUUACAUACAUUUAACACUAAAAUUAGCUAUAAUCUUAAAUCCAUGUCAAUUGAAAUGAACUAUUGUGUGGAAUUUGUUCUUCCAUUUGUACUUGCUUAACAAAUGCGACUACCA